GUUACGUGAUUAAGCUAGUCUUGUUAAGCUAAAUAAUGUUGAUAUACAUUUUUUUCGGAAUAUUAUUAAGUUGCGAAGCAAUUCAUCUUCCAGGAGUUCCACAAGAUUUUACAAGUCAUUCUGAUGCCGUAUUAUCUGCGAUUUCCGAUAAUAUUGCUUAUAAGUUCGAAAAUGAAUACAUAUCUUUUUUAAAAACUGGAGUGGAAUCAGCAUCACUGCGACAAAUUUCAGAGCAGUUGGCAAAGUCACAUAGCAAGAAAGAUAUUUUCACCAAAGGAGUUGAUGAACUGAGUAGUGCCGAUCAGUUCUUUUUAUGUACAACAUGUAGGGCAACAGUAAAUAUAAUUGCCAAAAUGUUUCGUGAGGAUGACGGAGAACUGAAUGGCCCAAAUAAUGAGAAAGUUACAAAGGAAAUAGUGUUGGAAUUAUGUAAACGUUUAAAUAUUCAAACAGAAGAGGUUUGCGCUGGGUUAUAUGAUUCGAAUUGGCCAACUUGUGAAUAUAUAAUAAAAAAGAGUGAAAUGGAUUCGAGAAGUUUUUGUUCACUUUUCCUGGAGUUCAGUUUUUGUAACGUAAAAAGCGCUGAUUACAAUUGGACGCUUUCUAUUAAUUCAGGUGGACCAGUUAUCGAUGGACCAAAAGCUGAUGUCCCAAGUAGUGAUGGAGAAGUGCUUACUGUUUUACAUUUAACUGACAUUCAUUAUGAUCCAUUUUAUGAGCCAGGCUCAUUAGCAGAAUGCGAAGAACCUCUUUGUUGUCAACGGCACAAAGAAACUAGUGAAGGUACAAUUAAGGCGGCUGGUUAUUGGGGGGAUUUUAGAGACUGUGAUGCUCCUUGGCAUAUGAUAGAAGAUGCAUUGAAUCACAUUAAGGCAACACAUCCCCAUAUUGAUUACAUAUACCAGACCGGAGAUGUUGUAGACCACAUGGUAUGGGCAACAUCUGUUGAGAAAAAUACGGACGUUUUAUCUAAAGUAAGUAAUAAAUUACAAGAAAUGUUCCCAGAUGUCCCAGUAUUUUCUUGCAUUGGCAAUCAUGAACCACAUCCAUUAAAUGUUUUUAGUCCUGUUGAUGCAGAAGACCACUUAAAUACGAGAUGGUUAUAUGAGAGCUUGUAUAAUGACUGGUCAAAAUGGUUACCAUCAAGUACAGAGACAACAAUUCUCCAAGGAGGCUAUUAUACACAUUCACCAAAAGCUGGAUUCCGCCUUAUUGCUCUAAAUAACAAUGAUUGCUAUAAUAAUAAUUGGUGGUUGUAUCAUAGUGGCGAAAAUGCUCAACCACAACUAAAGUGGCUACAUGAUACAUUACUAGCUGCCGAAAAAGCAAAUGAAUAUGUUCAUAUAUUGGCACACAUACCUUCUGGUGAUGGAAGUUGCUGGUCUGUUUGGUCGCGUGAAUACAAUAAAAUUAUUGAGCGAUUUUCCAACACCAUUAGCGGCAUUUUUAAUGGGCAUUCCCACAAAGACGAAAUGAAUGUUCACUAUAGCUCCAAAGGACAUGCAAUUGGUAUAUCUUGGAAUGGAGGCAGUUUGACAACAUUUUCCGAUAAAAAUCCAAACUACAGAUUAUAUCAAAUUGAAACUAAAACAAUGCAAGUUGUAGACCAUGAAACGUGGAUUUUUAAUUUGACUGAAGCUAAUAUUCAUGGAAAAGAAAUCCGCCCAGUUUGGUUCAAAGAAUACACAUUUUCUUCAGAAUUCACUAAAGAAUUAUGUCCAGAUUGUAUAGACAAGUUAUUAGAUCAAAUGGCGGAAAAGCCAGAGUUACUCAGAAAAUUUUGGAGAUUUAAAAUGACUUCUGCUGACCCUAGAAUUGCUGCUGGUUGCAACAGAAACUGUUUGAUGAGUACAAUUUGCAGACUGGCAACUACAGUAAAUGACCAAAAAACACGUUGUGAUGAACUAACAAUCAAACUAGCUAAAGCGCUCGACGAAGAGAAUACUACGACAGCAUCUCCUAGUAGUACUUCCACUACACCGACUGAUCCCACAACGAAACGACCUGGUAACGAAGAUGAUGGAGCUUCAGCACUAAUUGCCAUGAGCAUAACUACGCUUUUAAUAUUAAGUGUUAUUGUAAAAAAUAUCCUCUAGGUUAAGGUAUUAUUUUUAAUCAGAAUCUAUAAAGUUUUAUAGU